GGUGGCGAUAUGAGCUUAAAGUCAAUAUCCGCCAAUAUGUUAAAGAAGAAGAAGAAAAUGGCGGAAGAUGUGUCUGGGAAUAACCAUGCUCAGCAAAUGUUGGGAUUUAACUUGGACGUCCCCUUCCCCUCUGAACGCGAGGCUUCCAUCGCUCUGAAUUCUCUGUCACCGGAUCGUGAGCCAAGAAAAGGAGGAAUUACCAAGGAACUUGUGGCAGUGGGCAACGUGUUAUCAGUGCGAUGGACCGCAGAUGAGGCUCGCGUUCUACGCGUCUCAGUUGGAUCUUUCCUGGAUCAUCUGGCCUUGGUAUUGGAAACUAUGGAGGCGUUUGGACCCCCGAUAUCCUAGUAAGCCUGUGAGAGGAGAAAGUACCGAAAGGCAGUAGACCGCUGGCACGCGAAUGCCAGAGGAAGUUGAUCAGGCGCUGCUGGUCAGAUGUCGUUUUCUGCACGAACAAUGCAGCCUUGCAGAUAUGCUCACGGUUGUGCCCAGCAACAUUAAAUAUGUGAUGGCCUAUUUGACUGUAUCUGGUGGUCCCUAAAUGGAUCUGGACUUACAAAUGUGAUAAAAAAAAAGUGUUUACUGUCAUAAAAUGUCAUAUACAUUCUCAGUUUAAAAAUGUGAAA